AUGGCGGCGAUGACUAACUUAGUUAACACGAUUCAAGCGAACACUACUAUGACUACUCAUGCUAUGCGUUGGACAAGACAAUCAGCCAGAAACAAAAAUGGAGAAGGUGUUGAGGACAGCUUAGGUGAUGUUCUGAGAACUCUAGCUACUUUUCUGAAAGUUGACCCGCUGAUUUUCAAUGGAUCGACAAACCCUACUGAAGCAUACAACUGGUUCCAAGCUGUGGAGCGUGCAUUGCGAACUCAACAUGUACCGUAUGACCAGUUCGUGGAAUAUGCGGAAGUUUUCUACAAGAAGUACUUUCAUGAGUCAAUAAGGGAGGCCAGAGAGUUGAAGCUCUUACAGCUAAAGCAAGGGUCCAUGACUAUAGCUGAAUACACCAGCAAGUUCGAGGAACUCUGUAAGUUCUCAAGAAUAGGUCAGGGUGCCCCUGAGUCCUAUGAGGGCUGGAAAUGUAUCAAAUACCAAGUAAGGCUGAGGGAAGAUAUCAUGCGUGUUGUGGCUCUAUUGGAGAUUAGGAGAUUCUCGGAAUUGGUGAACGAGGCAAGAGAUGUGGAAGAUUGCAUCAGGAAGACGACUUUAAUGAGAGACACUCGCGGGGGUACUAGUAGCAGAGGUCGUGGAAAGUAUUUUCCACCAAUAGGCCAGAUCUUUAAAAGGGAUAGACAUGCCACUUAG